GUGUCCAAACACAGAGAAAAACUCCUGCUGAACUGCUGAAGCGACUGAUCUUCACACUGUUAUAAAGAUGGCGUUUAUUAAAGUGGAGAGUGAAGAUGUGAAGAUUGAAGAAACAUUCACAGUCAAACAGGAAGAUCUGCAGGAACAAACAGACCUAAUUGAAGAGAAUGAGGAGAGCAAAGAGGAGGAACAUGAUGUCAAAAUUGAGGAAAACACUAUUUUACAGACUGAUUGUAUUUUGAAAGGGAGAGACAAGAAUCGUUUCACCUGCACUCAGUGUGGAAAGAGUUUUGGAAGAAAAGAAACUCUUAAAAUUCACAUGAGGAUCCACUCUGGAGAGAAACCAUUCAUAUGCACUCAAUGUGGGAAGAGUUUCAACCAAUCAUCAAACUUUAAUCUACACAUGAGGAUCCACACUGGAGAGAAACCAUUCACAUGCACUCAGUGUGGGAAGAGUUUCUGCCAAUCAUCAAACCUUAAUCAACACAUGAGGAGCCACACUGGAGAGAAACCAUUCACUUGCACUCAGUGUGGGAAGAAUUUUAACUGCUCCUCACACCAUAAUAAACACAUGAGGAUCCACACUGGAGAGAAACCAUUUGCAUGCACUCAAUGUGGCAAGAGUUUCAGCCAAUCAUCAACCCUUAAUAAACACAUGAGGUUCCACACUGGAGAAAAACCAUUCACUUGCACGUAAGCCGCGGUCACACUGGACUUUUCUCCCCAUAGACUUACAUUCAUACGCGCGUGAAUGCAUCAGACCGGAAACGCAAGUUUGUGCGUCAAGUUUCGCAGUUCACUGCCUUACAAAGUUCAAGCUUGGUGAACUCUGACCUACGAAAUCGCAUCACUUGACUGUGUGAGACCAAUCGAAGAUCAAAACAAGACCUCUCUGGACAGAAAAUUAAAAUAUGGACCAAUCGCUCACUUUUUUAAUGUCUAAUCAUCUUGUUUAAUCCCGCCACUUUUCACAAUGCCGUACAAUAGAAUUUUGCAAAGAAGAGGUUUCACACUGGAGAGAAAACCGUACAGAUCUGAUCAGUGUCUACAGAGUUUCGCUCAUUCGGCGCAGCUUAAGAAACACAUUGACAAAAAGUUGCACACAUAACAUAAAUGCAGCAAAACAUUUUCUCAUGUUCACAGGAUGUUUCAUGUCUGAAUAAUGUUUGAAAAGGCUUAGUGAUGGUAUACUGUUUUCCAACACUCCUUCACUGCAGUAGGUGGGGUUGUAAAUGUGUUGCGCUCCUCACGUUUACCGUAAACAAUGAUGGCAGAGAAAAACAGUUUCAUAAACAUCUGGCAAACAGCACCUCUGCGGCUUAAAAUCUCUGCAAGUAAUUGUACAGGUGUGGAUACAUCUGUACUCUACUCCAGUUUAAUCAUGUAGCUAGUGUUGUUUUGGAUGAUGUUCUCUGUUACGUCCUACACAAGUCUAGGGGAAAUACAAUGAACGCAACAAUAUUAGUUUAAAGAGCACUAAACUGGGACCAGUCACAACACAACAACGAGUAAGGUUCCAAAAAUGUAUUUACAAAAAAAUCAGUCACACACAAUGUAGUGUUAAGGAAGCUCUAGCUUCAGGAGGGGAAUAAAGCCAAAAUAACAAACAAAAACAGGGUUCUGUCUGGGAGUAAAACCUCUAAAUACACUCAAAAAAAUUAUAUGUUGGCAUUAAUUAACUUUUUUGUCCACUGGUUCCACGUAACCGAGUUAAGUUGUCUUUAAGA